AUGGCGGCAUCCAAAGGCUACUUCGCCGGAUCAAACUAUGGGUUCCUCCCGACCGACCCGACGAUCUUCGAGCUUGACGAGUCCGACGUCUGGGAUUCGUCGGUGGGAGUCUCUCUGUCGCCGGAGCUGCGCAAGUCGACGUCGAGGAGGAAUCCCGCGAGAGGCGGCCCGUCGUCUCUGCCUAUGAACAUUCCAGAGUGGUCGAAGAUACUGAAGGAGGAGUACCGGCGGUGGGAGAGCUCGUCGUCGUCGUCGUCGUCGUCGGUGGGUCUGGUGCCGCCGCAUGAGUUUCUGGCGAGAAAUUGGACGGCGUCGUUGUCGGUGGAGGAGGGAGUGGGGAGGACCCUCAAGGGAAGAGAUCUCAGCAGGGUUAGAAACGCCAUAUGGCAGAAAACUGGUUUCCUGGAUUGA